UCUCUGAACGUCUCUGUGGUUUAACGGACAGAAAGUUAGAAACGCUUCACUGUCAAACCAAGACACGAGAACUGUCACUGAAUGACCUCAUCACCAUAACCAAAGACUCUGAUGAAAUGACCUCCAUGGAUGACAUCAUAACAUCAGCAUCGUCCAUCACCGAGGACCCGUUCUUCAUCAGCCCCUCACCAACCACUGACGAGGACUACGAUUACACCGAUAACCUGUUCUGUGACCGCUCGUCAGUGCGCGAGUUCAGGAGUCGCUUUGAGCCGCCGCUGUUCUGGAUGAUUGCCGUGGUGGGCGGAGCCGGGAACCUGGCCGUGGUGUGGAUCUACAUGAACUACCGGCGAAGACUGAAGACCAUGACAGACGUGUACCUGCUGAACCUGGCGUUGGCCGACCUGCUGUUCCUCGUCACUCUGCCGUUGUGGGCAGCCGAGGCGUCGCACGGCUGCUGGAGCUUUGGCUCCGUCCUCUGCAAGUUAAACUCCGCCCUCUACAAGGUGAACCUGUUCAGCAGCAUGCUGCUGCUCACCUGCAUCAGUGUUGACCGCUACGUGGUCAUCGUGCAUACCACCAUGGCGCAGAACACGCAGGUGGAGCGCCGUCGCUGCAGCCGGUUGGUGUGCUUGGGGGUGUGGCUGCUGGCCCUGCUGCUCGCCACGCCCGAGCUCGCGUUUGCCACCACCGGCGAGCCGGACACGCAGGGGUACUGCAGGAUGAUGUUCCCAACGCACCUGGGUAACCGCACCAAGAUCCUGGUGUUGUCGCUGCAGGUGAGCAUGGGCUUCUGCCUGCCCUUCCUCGUCAUGGCCUUCUGCUACAGCGUCAUCAUCGCCAAGCUGCUUAAUACCCGCAACUUCAAGAAGCACAAGGCCAUGCGCGUCAUCCUGGCCGUGGUGGUGGCGUUCGUCGUGUCCCAGCUGCCCUACAACGGCGUGCUUGUGGUGAAUGCCGCGGAGGCCUCCACCAUGACCAUGACGGACUGCGAGGAAUUGAAGCGCUUCGACAAGGCGGGGCAGGUGCUGAAGAGUCUGGCCUACAUGCACGCCUGCCUCAACCCCUUCCUCUACGCCUUUGUGGGCGAGCGUUUCCGCCAUGACUUGCUUAAGCUGCUUCACGUGCGCCGCUGCCAGCCGACCAAUAAGAAUCUGAACAGUAAGUCCUGCAGGAGUCCGAUGGGCUCGACCAGAGCCUCCGUGAUGUCCGACAGCGACACGUCACAGGCACUGUCGCUGUAGAGACGCCGACGAAUGUAACUUCCUGUUUGUGCUGCAGCAGCUGUGGAUUCACUGUGAUGUCGACAGAUGACAUCAUCGAGCCUUCAUCAAUCUUUCAUGGAGCCCUUAAAGGAACAGUGUGUAGCGUAACAUACGAUCAAUAGGUAUGUUUACUUUAUAGUUUAAUGAAAAGCGUUUCUGUUACGUUAGAAUGAGUCAAAGUAACAGCGGCUUUAGAGCAACGCCACCGUGGACGCCACCGUGGACGCCUCCGUCUACAAAAUGUGUUCAUUUAGGACUUUUCCAAUUUGGUGAUUUUAAGGGGUUUAAUUUUUUCAAAUUAAAAGACAAAUGAGGAUCUCUGAUUACAAACAGACGGAUUUAUCUUGAGAUGUAAAGUUUGUCAGUAGUUGAAACUUUGACAACUUCAAACCGAUAAAAGAGCUGAUUUUAAAUCACGAACAUUUCAGGCCUCGAAUGUAUCAUCACGAUAUCAUCAGACUUUUUCCACUUGGCUGUAUAUUGAAUGUGAAUGUGAGUUUUGCUGCUGUUCAUCCACAAGAAGUAACAAUGAGUCAGAACAUUAAUGUGAAUCAUCUCUUUGUUCAAUGUGAAGAAUCAUUUAGGAAACGUAUCUGCUGCUGAACAGCACUGCUAACAGAUGCUAACAGCACUGCUAACAGAUGCUAACAGCACUGCUAACAGAUGCUAACAGAUGGUGUACAUAGGGUGUCUGGAUGUUGUUGUGCUGCUGUAUGUGAACAUGAAGCUCUCUGUGUUUUGUUUCAUCUCAAACAUUAAAGUGCGUGUCA